UCGAGGCGGUAUAUAAGCCCCAGUUGGACGCUGUUCAAAUCAGUUCACCACCAAUUUCGGUAUCUAGAGCAACCAAACCAACCCAAGCAACCAAAAAUGGCAUUCAAAUUCACCAUUCUUUUCGCCGCCUGCAUCGCCGUGGCCAGCGCUGGCCUCAUUCCCGCCGCAGCUCCUCUGGCCGCCGUGGCCCAGGUGGAGGAGUACGACCCCCAUCCCCAGUACACCUACGGCUAUGACGUGAAGGACGCCAUCUCCGGGGACUCCAAGACCCAGGUGGAGAGCCGCGACGGCGACAUUGUGCAGGGCCAGUACUCGCUGAAUGACGCCGAUGGUUACCGCCGCAUCGUGGACUACACCGCCGAUCCCAUCAACGGAUUCAACGCAGUGGUGCGCCGUGAGCCUUUGGUGGCCGCCGUUGCCGCCGCUCCCGCUGCCGUCGUGGCCGCUCCCGCUCCAGUUGUCCGUGCCGCCGUCGCCGCCCCAGUGGUUCGUGCCGCCCCCCUGACCGCCGCCUAUGCCGCCGCUCCCGCACCCCUGGCCUACGCCGCCGCUCCUGCUCCCCUCGCCUACGCCGCUGCCCCAGCGCCCGUUGUCAAGGCCGCUCCCCUGGUCGCCGCUGGACCCGCCAUCGUCAAGACCCAGUUCGCUUCGCCUCUUAUCUCGUACGCCUAUUAGGGUACCCGAACCCAAGGAAUAGGCCACCACGACCCGAUAAUUGCCGUUAGUUGUUAUUGAAUAAAAGGAUGAGAUCUAAUUGAAUGGAAA